CUUGGUGGUACCCUUCACACAUUAUUGUGCCAACCCAAACCAUAGGCUACCGUGCUGGCUUGGAUAUUUUAUUUGCACAUGGUCCUUUUCAGCAUGGCUCCUGCAACUAUGGUGAUGCGUAACCAUGCCAACACAGUACAACAUGGCUCAGUUAUGUUCUGCUCACUAGUGUGACAUGGGUGAAAGAGAGUUUGAAGAUGGCAAAUAUCUCUGCUUUGCUUUUAUUGACAUCAGUUACGUCCCUUGUGUUCGCAGAGGAGCAGAAAGAAAUGGAGGAGGAGGAUCCAUUUACCUUUGAUUAUCACAGGCUACGUGUUGGGGGGUUGAUCCUGGCAGCAGUUCUCUGUCUGAUCGGCAUCACCAUCCUCUUCAGCGGACACUGCAGAUGCAAGUUCAACCAGGACAAAAGGAGGAGGUCAGGAAGCAAUGCCGCCCAGCCACUCAACGACCAAGCUCGGGCCAGUGAGUGCUAGGAACCAAACGCCCACCUAGCAGCAGGUCAAAUCGACUUCAUGGUUCUGCAUCAAUCAAGAGAUAAAAAUUGAUGGGUGGAGUUGGCCUGUUUUCUGUCAAAUGGAGGUUGUUUUUUUAGAGAGUGGUGCUGUCUUCCCAAGAGGGAGGUGGUACUGUGCCAUUGGAGAUCAGAGGUGUGCUGCUUUUACCUGUCUUGCUGUUCUCCCUUCCGCCCAUUACUCCUGUUUCUGCUCCGCCCAAUACUCACACUGUAACUCGCCACCAGCGAGCACACACAGACAGACAAAGCAGGACACAAUUUUCCCCCAUGUUCUUUGUAUUUAAACAGAUAACCAAAAGAUGCUGUGUGUCGACUCACUCAUUAUUUCAUUGCAAUGUUUUUUACCUUUAGUGACUCCACCUGUAUGUGGAAAAUAUGCGGUAGAUUUGACUGUUUGUGUGUGUUUUGAAUUGCCAUACUGUCCCCUAAUAAUCUUACAUGCAUAUACAUUACUGUAAAAUAGGUACCGGUAGCCAUAAACUAUUAUAAUGUCAAUAACUAUUCACACACCUUUAUCUUGAUUAUUCCUAUAUUAACUUUUUAGUUGAAUGUAGAAAAGUGCACUGGUCUAUGCAGUAGAAUCUGUUGUAUGAUAAAUGCAAUGUUUUUUUAAUAGUACAGAAUGUUAAAAUUAUUUCAAUAAGAGGAUGAUAUAGUUUUGAUUGAGAGUGUUUUUUCCACCAAAACAACAUUAAUGUUAUUUUAGUUUGUUAGAUACCACACAAACAAUUACAGUCCCUGAAGAGGGUUUUCUCCCCAAUUGGCUUAUAGUGAGUCACGGUCUACAUUGAGAUGUUUCUUGGCAAAUGAGUAGAUGGUGUCUAUGUUUGUAAUUCAAAUUAAAAGAGUUACCUUUUA